AUGGCCAUGAUGAAGCAAUAUAAAUUGGUUAUUCAUGAAUGCCUUCUGGCUCAAGCCAUCUCUGUCGUCCACCAGAUGACCCAGCAGACCUUCCACCGCUUCAGAAUAGAGGGCUCUUUUGCUGCUUGGGAUAAGACCCUCCUAGUCAACUUCUGCACUGGACUUGACCAGCAGCUGAAUGACCUGGAAGCCUGUGUGACGCAGGAGGUGGGGGUGGAAGAGACUCCCCUGAUGAAUGAGGACUCCAUUCUGGCUGUGAGGAAAUACUUCAGGAGAAUCACCCUCAAUCUGCAGAAGAAUUACAGCCCUUGUGCCUGGGCGGUUGUCAGGGCAGAAAUCAUGAGAGCCUUCUCUUUCUCACCAAACUCCUAGGAAAGAUGAAGGAAUGAGGAAUGACCCCUGGUUCAACAUGGAGAU